UCCAAAUCUUUCUGGAUAAGCAGGUGCACACAUCGCUCCCACUGGGGCAUUUGGUCUACGCCAUUUCAACCGGGGUCCGGAGCCAGCCCCGCCCGGGCGCGGCAGCGUGUCACAGUGGGGCCCUUUGUGACACGUCCCUGUGUCACCCAGGCAUAGCUGGCACUGACACGGUGGCCCUGCAGUGUCCGACAGGACAGCGAGGAGACAGGGCAGGAGUGUGCGGGUCUGGCGAGGAGCCCCCGAGCGCAGCCCACGUCGUUUUCCUCAACCCCCGGCAGCCCCGCGGCUGCCCCUUCCCUACCCUCAGCCCUCAUCCAGAAGGAUGGCGGAGAGACCCCCCAGCAGCCCCAGGGUGGCCUGGGAGGAGAGUGGGGCUCACGAGGAGAGAAGACCUCCAUCGGAGCCCUAUGAAGUGUCAGAGGUGCAGCCGUUGUGUUCUGGUGGUGAUUUCCUGCUUUUCUCUGAAGAGGAGGAGGCCAUGCAGAUGAUAGAGUACUUUCUCAGGAGUACAGAAAAGGAGGAGAUGGAGAAGAUGGUAUUCCUGGAGAGCAUCUGCACCAUUUGCAGAGUUGGCAAAAGCGAGGCCUUUUAUGAGAGCCUGGCUAUUUUCUGCUGUGAAAAUAACUUGGCAGAGGAAGUCAAGGAGCUGCUGGAGAACGAGCCUGUGGACCAGCUGUGCACUGCAGUGCGGUACCAAGCCAUGCUUGCAAUUGCCGCCUUGAGCAGAGUGAAGGCAAUUGCGGAGAAGGAAAUAAUACCUCUUUUAAAUGCAUGUUUCAAAGCCAUCUUCUACCUUCCUCCAAAAGAGGACUUGAACAUUUGCCUCUACAAUCGUACCCUGCAUGCUAUGGACAAUGUGCUGAAGAUGUUGCUGGUCAGCCAUCGUACCUCCAGCAGUGAGGAGCUGCAGAAUAUCUUGGAGGUGCUGAUACGCUUCACCAGCACCCAGAACAAAACUGUGCGAGCAAGAGCCUUAACGAGGAUCUGGAAACUCAGCAGUUUCGUCAGGCAGGAGCCAUUUGCAAAAUUUGUCCCAACUUCUCAGAGGACAAACAUCAUCUGCAUGACCCUUGAGGCCAUUGGAGAGUGCAGCACUGAGGAUAAGGAGUGGGCCACGUUGAUGCUGGAUGUGGUUCUACGGGACCCUGUCAGCUGGAUGAUGGAUGUGCCAGAGAUUCUCGAGUUCAUCCAGAGAAACCUGAGAAGCAAUAGUGCAUCCCUACAGCAGACCUUAUUCUCAGUGCUGGAUGUGCUGACCAACCAGUUUCCCAGGGAUGUGCUGAUGAGUGUGCUGACCGACCUUCCACACAGUGACAGCACCACCCUGGACAUCUGGAAGAGAAUACUCUCCCUGGCAGAAAAUUCAGAGUGCAUCUUGGAUGUACUGUGCAGCGUUCUCCAGGACCAAGAGCUGUGUGGGAUCUUUAACGUCACCACAGCGGAGUUGGGCCUCCUUCGGCUGACUGUGAUGCAUCCCACUGAAGAGAACCUGCAAGAGCUGUGUAAGCCAGCACUGCUCCAGAGGCUUUUGAAGACUGAAAGCCUGCCAGUCCUCUGGCUGGUGCUCAGAGGCCUUGUCCUGCUGUCUGAGAGACCUGAGACGGCAAGAGCAAUACGGGACCUGCUGCCAAGCGUCAUGGAGACCCUGCGCUUUGCCAACACACACGUUGUUGUGAAGACACUAAAUAUCUUCAGAAAUGUGAUGAGUCAUCUGACCAAGAGGGAGGCCACUCCCAUUGCUCUGGAGCUGGCUGAGAAGAUCCUCCCUCUUUUUAAUCAUGUGUCAAGUGAAGUGCGAGAGUGUUCCAUCCGCCUCUUCAAAGAUGUGAUGGAGGCUGUUGUGUGGUGGCAAAAGAGAAACAUGAAGAAGAUCGUGCGCAGGGGCCUGCUCCCUCUGCUCUUUCAUAUGAAUGAUGAGACCCUGAGCGUUGCACAGGCCUCUGGAGAAACCCUCGUUGCUUGUGGCAAGUUCCUGAAGUGGAAGGAGCUCAAGCGCGUGGCCCAGGAAAUGAGCAUAGUGGGGACCAGUGAGUGUUUGCUGCAGCAGGACAGGAAGAUGGUGAAUGAAUACCUUCAGCUGAGCCUGCCGUACCUGAAGGAUUCUCAGGCCUCUUUGCGAUAUGAGGCUGUGAACUUCAUCGGGCUGGCUGUGCAGCACUCCGGGGUCCAAAGUGAGGAGAAGCUGAAUGAAAUCUGCAGCGCCCUCCAGUCUUUGGAAGAUGACGCCCAUCCAACAGUGCGUUUUGUAGCAGCUGAGACAGCCCUGCUGCUGACAUACCAAGGGCUGCAGGAAGAACCACCACGGAGCAGGCUGGCAGCGUUGUGCUGCUGGCGCUGCAGUGCCAUCUGUCGUUAAAAAUCAUACGAUCAUAGAAUUGCUCAGGUUGGAAAAGACCUUAAAGAUCAUCAAGUCCAACCACAACCUAGUCAUACUAACCUAACAACCCUUUGCUAAAUAUUGUCCUUGAACACCACAUCCCAAUGGUUUUUAGACACAUUCAGGGAUGAUGCUUCAACCACCUCCCAGGGGAGCCUAUUCCACCGCUUAACAACCCCUUCUGUAACAAAGUUUUCCAUGACAUCCAACCUAAACUUACCAUUCUGAACAUGACUUUGAUUAAAACUUGAAUUACAA